CAAUAACCACCGGCCCCGCGUAGAUGUCGAGCUUGUUGAUCGACUUUGAAAAGUUUGUCUCUCUCCCUCUCUCCCAUGGAACCAUCUGAUCUUCGCCUACAACGCGGGGAGAAGAAGGGCAUCAACUCAGAUUCUCAACAAUUCUCUAAUGGAAAAUCUCUUAGGCAUUCUCAAAGUUCAUAUCAAACGAGGUGUCAACCUCGCCGUUCGCGAUGUUCGUAGCAGCGAUCCCUACAUUGUUGUCAAGCUGGAUAGCCAGAGGAUGAAGACUCGUAUUAUAGAGAAGGACGUUAAUCCUGAAUGGAAUGAAGAUCUUACCCUUACUGUCACAGAUCCUAACAGUCCCAUUAAGCUGACCGUGUACGAUCACGACACAUUCACUUUGGAUGACAAAAUGGGAGACGCAGAAUUCGACGUUAAACCAUUUCUAGACGCCCUGCAGAUGAGUUUAGAGGGCUUCCCGAGUGGCACUGUGAUCACACGAAUACAACCGUGCAGGACAAACUGCCUGGCCGAGGAGUCGUGUGUGAUCUGGAAAGACGGCAUGGUCUCGCAAGAUAUGUGCCUGAGAUUGAGAAACGUAGAAUGUGGUGAGGUGGAGCUCCAACUUCAGUGGAUUAACCUCCCUGGGAAUUUAGCUUGAAAGAGAGCAGCAGGUGUGUUCUGUGUUGCUUAUUAUCAUGGCUGCUGGUAAGCAAUUGGUUCAUAGGCCAAUGUCACAUAAAAUGGACCUGUAUGAUUGAUUUGCCAUUUAUGUAAGUUAUAUAUGUAUCUUAACAUGCAUAUAUGGGCCCUGAAAUAUUUGGUUUAUUAUUAUUAUUAUUAUUAAUAUUAUGUUUCUUUUUUAAAAUUUUCUUGAGGUGUACUCAAAAUCUUCUUUGUAAUAAUAAUAAGAUUGUAAUAAUUUUACAUAAGAAUGGAUUAUAAUUUAUACUGCCUUCUUA